CUUGAGAGAACAACGAUAUUAUUUUUUUAACGGCUGAUUCCUACCUCGAAUGCAGACAUCUGACGGGCAUUUCAAGACGGACAAAUAACGGUAUUUCUAUUGAAGGGAAUAUUGGCAGAUUAUAUGAAAUCAGACCAUUGCGCUCAAGAUAUGUAUUUUAUGGAAUUUGUUUGCAACGAAAAAAUCUCGGAUGGAGAAGAGAAAGAAACACAGGAAAUAAGCGAUAUAGUGUGCACGCUCACAACCAUCUCUUUAAUGUCCUAAUAACGGCGAAAUGGUCGCACAACGUUUGAAUUUUCCUUCCCUUCAUCUUUCAAAAAUAUUUUUUCCCAGACACCAUAAGCUACCAGGUGGCAAUACUGGCCGAAUGGGUGAAACAGCGGGCGUUCAUAGCCAGGGCCAUGGUCGAUAUUUAUAAGUCAAUGGGAAGGCAGUUUGCAAAGGCAACUUUUCACAUAACGGAAACGGCUUUGCAUAACUCCUACACCAGGGUUGCUGCGUAUGCGCCAUAAAGAUGAGAGGCUUUGCCCUUCUCCCCCAAGAGGACCACGACAACGCUUCCACUGGGCAAGACCAAAACAUUGAUAUGGGACGUUGAAAUCCAUGCCUGAGUCUCUUCCAUCCUAUUUGCCUUUGGAGGGCGAGAUAAAGGAGCCUUUCCUUCUUGACUCAAUGUAAAGGAGAAGAGUGCAUCCACGUCUGAGAAAUGGAUAAACUCACCGUCAUAUCAGGAUGCCUCUUUCUAGCGGCAGAUAUCUUUGCCAUCGCCAGUAUUGCCAAUCCAGACUGGAUCAACACAGGAGAUGCAACUGGUAAGUUAGGUUCCCUGACGGUAGGCCUGGUGCGGCAGUGCCAGACCAUCCACGGUCGUGAACGGACCUGUAUCCCCCCGCGGCUGCCCCCAGAGUGGGUCACCACCCUCUUCUUCAUCAUCCUGGGCAUCAUCUCCCUCACGGUGACCUGCGGCCUGCUGGUGGCGUCACACUGGCACCGUGAGGCCACCCGUUACGCCCGCUGGAUCGCCUUCACUGGGAUGAUCCUGCUCUGUAUGGCAGCUCUUAUAUUUCCUAUAGGAUUUUACAUCGAUGAGGUCGGGGGACAGCCUUAUAAACUACCAAACAACACAGUGGUGGGGUCCUCAUAUGUACUCUUUGUUCUAUCUAUAUUUUUCACUAUAGUGGGACUACUGUUUGCAGGGAAGGUCUGCUUGCCUGGGUGACCUAUCAGGCACUUUGUUUUUUGUAAACAUUUUUGUGCUUAGAGAAAUGCCUUCGGAGAGGCAUUUGCUAGGCCUGACAUUUGAAAAUGGUCACCUGGAAGGAAAGAAGAGGAACUGUGAGAAACACUCUUUCCGUGCGUUUGUGGAAGAACUCUCUGAUGUACCUUUGGAUGACAGGACUCUACGGCCCCUAGCCCUGGUCUAUAGGACAGGUAGUAGGCACUAGCCUGUCUGUGUUCAUAGAUCUGGGAGGAAUGGACACCUAUCCAGCCCCUCACAGAUCAGUGAACACAGGAGUUUCCUUCCACAAAUGGAGUGCCUUUUCGGGGUAGUGUAACUUUUUUAUUUCACCAAAUUUGAACAUUCUGUCAAAGAGCACAUGUUCAACUUCAUAACAAACAUGUUUUCCCAUCUCCAUCUCCUUGUGGAAAAAACAUAUUUAAAAAGGAAUAGUUUUACCAUAUUAAAAUGAGAGUUCAGUUCACGUAAAAGGGGUUGACCUGAGGGACAAAUGUAAAUGAAUCACUAAUCACAUGAGAUAAAUAAUAAUCUUAAGAAAUGACUUUGUCAAAGCAACAAAUUAUAUUACAAUGAUGGUGAAAACUUGGGGAAAUUUGACAGUUAAGUGGGUUAAAAUCUUCAAGUCGGAUAAACAUGACGUGGGACAUGCCAAAAUUGGGAUGUUCUGAGAAAACAACCUUGAUUUUAAUGUAAAACACACUACUAUUGGAUUUUUUUAAUGUUUAGUUAGAGUGUAGAUUUAUUUGAUCCAAUUGUUAAAUUGAGUGUUUUAUCAAAAUGUGCACACAAUGAUACCAGGACAUAAAAGGCUUCAUGGAUCGACCCAGGAGGGGGAGUGGCUAGAGCCUGAAACCGACAUCAUCAGGACAGGGAAGACUCACACAUGGCCAUGACAACAGGAUGUCAAGUCACUCCGCACCAUAAGAAGCACAGUGGUAGAAAGGCUGGAGCUGGAAAUAGGAAAGAUUAAGCCAUAAUUGUGUAGAUGAUGCGUGUAUAGUUGGAAGUUGAGUUAGACCUCAGAGCUGUUGUCUUGGGUUCUAUGAGUGAAUCUAGAUUCAUGGUGAAACUAUCAAAAGCAGGGAAUCUGUUGGAUCACAUGAUGAUGGAAAGCAAUUAGAACUCAUUCUAUACAAUUUAAAAGUAAUUUGUGGAAGAGUAAAAUGAUUCAUUUGUUUUCAUGAGAAUGCAUUAUCUUCCCAAGAUGGAGCAUUUAUAGUCCUUUUUUUUAAUGGUCAAUGCACUGUAUCAUGGAAUUCCUACAUGUCUGUUUUCUUAGUUUUUUACAUCUGUCAAUUUGUUCGGAUGACUGGCUGACUUGCUCAUGUAGGCUACAUAGACAAUGGCUGUCGUUGAUUGAGGAAGCACUGUGAUAUACAUCAUCUCAUUAAAAGUUACACAACAUGACAAAUUA